CUGUAAUCCGGAUCCGGGACAGCAAUUGGAGAACUUCGGCUACUCAUUUAGAUUCAUUCUUGGAUUUUGUCGCGCUGUUCUUCUUAUUGGAUUUAGAUAAUCUGCUAAGAGUGGAGAUUUGGAGUUAAAUUAAAACAUUUUAAAUCAGAAACAAGUAGUAUAAUUUAAUCAGCAAGCUAUGUCACCCAGAAUUAAACUGUGAAAGUGGAGGACAUUUAUUUGUCAAGCAAGGUUUAAUUUGAUACCUCAUUUAAUCAUUUACGAUUAACUCCCCUUACUUCUGAUAUAUAGCCUAUAUAAUGAAUAAUAAUAGUAGUCUAAUUGAUAAUAAUAAUUGGUAUUUCUGCCAUUCUAUAUUUACUAUGGUCUAUGCCGUAUUGAUCUCAAAUUUAGUAAAUACACUACAGUAAAUUUAAUAAUGGAGCAGUUAAAUUUUUAAUUGAGCAUUAUUGGGGGGGAGACUCAUGAGACUGCAAUCGUUCAAAGCAGGGAGUUAGUGUUAAUGAUAAUGUUAUAGUAUAGUAUAAUUAUAGUCAGUGUUACUACUAGAUGGAAGAAUAGGUACUUCAGUUUUAAAAAUAAAAUAAAAUAUUACAGUUGUAUAGAGCAAAUUUAAAAUAGAAAAAUGAAAACAGAAUCAACUUUCUAGCUUUAACUUUAGAACUUUUUGAGUCAUGAAUUUUUAAAGGAAAGUGUCUAAGUGUCUAUAUUGGUAGUUAACUACCAAUAGCUUCUAGGGAGCUAUUUGUAGUAAACUACCAAUAGCUUCUAGAGAGCUAUUGGUAGUCCAACUAAUCAAAUCAACCAAAUUCGGAGCUUUAAAAACCAGCUUUCAAUGACAAAGGCGAAGCAUUGACCCAUUUUUAUUACUAGUUCAUACUAGUGACAAAAUCUUGGCACUAGUUAUAAAAUCUACAGUACCGUUUUCACCCUGUCUGCUGUACCUUUCCUCAUGCUCAGAUUUAGCAAUAUUACUAUAUAAUUAUAAUUUAUAAUAAUAUAGGUAGAUGAAUGAGAAUUAUUAAGUUAUUAACUGGGGGGAAAGUUUCGAAAGUCGAAAGGGAUCCUAGUCUUAAAGAAUGUUUCCCAGCUUCUUUUUUGCAAAGACCAAAGUAAUAUGUGCAGGAAAAAUAAUAAAAUAAUUUAUAAAAUUCAGCUGUAAAAUUUUUGUGUGUGCUAAUUAUUAUAAUAAAAUUAUAAAUUAAAAUAUAAUCCUGAAUAUGUCUAUAAUUACCAUAAGAAUAGUUUUACUGCAUACAAAGUGUGCAUGAUAAAAUAAUGAGUUAAUUGAAACUGUAUAAUAAUGUGAUUAGGCUUAAAGAUGAUAACAUAAGCUUAGGCCAAUCUUUGAUUAGGAACAAGGCUUAUAAGGUCACGUGACUUACACCCCCCCACUCCCUUUUUGAUAUUUUCUGCUGGGAGGUAGGUCUACAGAGUUUACUAUUAUUUACUUAUUUACACAAGUGAGCCCUCGUUAAAUUAUAAAGGCGUCAAUAUUUUUAUGUGCGCAAUUAAACAUUUUCAUUGGGUAUAUUGUGCUUCUAUAACACACAUUAAUUUAAAGUCUGGGAAUCACUUUUUACUAUUUAUUUUUUAAGGUGAUGCAGAAUCAAAGUUUUAAAGCUGCAAAUAAUCCGAUGAAAACAUAGGCUUUGCAGCGAUACAUAAAAUAAAAUAUAUGCAAAGAAAGAAAAAUAAGUGUAUUAUGUCUUUAAAAUCCUAUUGAAGUGAAUUUAUGCGAGACUAGACAAAAACAAUAAAUUUUGUCGGCACACUUUUUUUUUUUUACAAUAUAUUUGCAUAAAAGUGAUUUCAGUGAUGUAAUUUUAAAAAAAUAGUGACUACCAAAACCUAGACUUGGUCUAUACUGCACGACAUCAAUCUAUCACUAAUUGGUAGUUUUUUGCUACCAAUAUUGAAUAGCCACAGCCUUUUUAUAGCGCAACUCGGUUGUAAUUUUUACUAUAGAACUAUGGAGUAUGGACUGCACCUCCACAUUUUUUUAACCUGACUCCACUGAUUGAGUCACAUGCAAUUACUCAUGUUUAAAUGAUUUAUACAACUUUUAUUUUGUAUAUUAAUUAUUAAAAGUUUCAAUUUUAUAAUUAAUUAUAAAAGUGACACCAUUAUUAAUCAUACAAUUAUAAAUAAAUGUAACUUACUUAUUAAAGUUACUUUAGUUAAUUAUUUAGCGAUGUAAAUUAGUAAAUGUAAUAUGCAUUAUCAGUAAAUUUAAUGACUACAAUAUGCAUGUUCUGUUUACCAAGUCUAGCAUCGAUUAUAUAUAGAGUCUAUUUAAGGCUAGGCACCUCAAAAAUAAUACAGGUUUGGGACAACUUACUUGUAACUUUCAACUUUUGCACAUGUAUAAUUAAUUAAAACUUUCCCUGACUAAUGAUAAAACUUUUUUGCACUGAGCAAUCUCUUAUUAAGGAAACCUCUGAAAAUAAUGUGAUAGUAGUAUAGCACAUACAAGUGACUAAAUUGUUGCCCAUGACAAUGUUUUGCUCACAGCAAAGUAUGAUAAUUUAUAAUGUGGUCUCUACCGGAUUUUUAGACCUCAAAUUAAAUAUUCUUGUUAAAAUGCCAUCCAAGUUCACAAGUUACCCAUUUAAAAGCGUGGGGCCUGGUCACAUCCAAUCAAUCGAAGUUUGUCAGAGUGAACGACAUACUAUACUGCUCAAACAUAGAACUAUGACCUUUCUCGUAAAACACAUGGCACUAUGAAAAUUGGCACACAUGUAGAUCAAUGUAUUCCUGAGAAUAAAUAUGAAAAGGACAUAUAUUUAACUAAAUUUAGGUAGUCCAAACUUAAAUUAAUUAUGCAUAGCAGCCAUUUGUGGUGAGUUUCACCAGAUGGAAAUUUUUUAUCUAUGUAAAUGGAUUUUUAUAUGUAAAUAUCUCAUUACAAAAAAAAAGGGAUUCUCAGUCAAAUUUGCUGAAAAUUGACUAAAAAAUUGAUUUUUUUAAAAAAUUUAAACAACAGUAAUUAAUAAUUACCUAUAUUUCUAAAAUUAUCAACGAUGAAGUCCAGGAAUUGGUGUAUAUGCUCCAAAAUUUAUAAUUAAACCUGAUUUUUUUUUUCAGGCAGCCAGAACCAUUGAUUUAAAAGUUUUAAACAAAAUAACAAGACUACUUUUUAGUUUUUUUUAAAUUUUCCGACAGAAAAGGUAAAAAAAAAAACACACAAUGUCAAGAAUGCGUAAAUAAAAUUCAUUUACAAUAAAAUAUCAUAUCAAAUGAAAGAUAAUUUUUAGCAGCACAACAUGCACUGUGAAUUAAUUGCACCAAGAAACAUUUACAGGCGCUAAAUUAAGUAAAAAAUUUACCCACUAAACAGCUUUUUUAGAAAAUGAAGGUUAAAAAAUUGAUAUUUAAAAAUGCUUUUUAUCGUAACUGUAUCAAAAGAAAAUGAUGUCAGAUGUGUCUACUCAUAACUUAUAUGUUAAUAAAAACCAUAAUCAAUGUUGAGAGUCAUGAAAAAUAGAUAGCAAUUGAGCAUAAACUUUAAUUAAAUUGUUUGGGAAAUGCCCAAUCUCUAUCUUGGUAAGCUUCUGUACCUAAUUUUUAAUAUCCUUUUUGGUCUUAUUCACCUGGAGCUUGAUAAUAUGCUGUAGCAAUAGCAAUCUUUAACUCUGGCCAAAAAUAUUGCACAAAGGUCAUCACAGAUGGAAUAAACAAUUAAACUUAGAGCAGAAAAUAUUGUUUAAAUUAUGUCAUUACUCACUGGUACUCAUUAGGAUUGGGAUUCCACAAUUCUUUUUUUAAAUGAAAGAAAUAUGUUUGAAUUAUUUAAAAAGUGAUAGAAAUAUUUACUUACAAGAUGUCAAAUAUCUGUAUCAUCAUUGUCUUUGCUUUCUGUGCCAGUUUAACACAAGUAUGAAAUUAAAAAUAGUUUGCAAUUUCCUCACUAGUCAUACGAGGUCGUUUGGUACUCAAAAGAACAGUUAAUUUGUAAAAAAUUAUUGUUAAAUAGUAAAAUAAAUAAGUAAUAGGGCUAUGUUAACUUUUUUCUUUUUUAUUCAAGGAUCUAGGUCUAGCAUGUUAUGUCUAGACUUAAGUCCUAGACACCCCUUAGCCAGCUUUGAAAUUGACAUUUCUGCUUAAUUAACUUCUUAACCUAAUCUUUUAAUCUUCUCUGGCAUUGUUAGUAACACUGCAUUGAAUACACCCUUUCCAAGUUUAGGUCUAUAUGUUUAAAUGAUUUGUAAAACUAUUUUAUUUAACUUUAACACAAUAAUAAUUAUAGCUAUAUCAGCCUUGGCAGGUGUAUUUUUUAGGCACAUCUAUCAAGAGCUAAAAUACAUUAACAAAAUUAUAUGCAGGAAGUGAAUAAACGAUCUCUACCAAACUUUAUUUUUUGAUCAGUUUAUUUAGUUACACCUUUCAUUUGUAAAAAUAUAAGCUGAACAUGAUUUGUUAUUAUGUUCUGAAACUCCAAUUAAGUUGAAUUUUUAAAAAUGCUGAUUUUGCAAUUCUUCAAUAAGCAGUUAUUGAUACAAGUUUGAAAAUAGUGAGCUAGCUUAGCUUUAUUUAUUCACAUUAUGACAGGAAGGCUGAUGUUACUCCCUGAAAUGACAUGAUGGAAUCUUCGGGGGGUAAAGACAAGACUCAAUCACGGCUGUUGGCUCUGAGUCCUAUUGAUGUGAAAGAUGAACUGGAUGAGGUAAUAAUUAUCUGAAACCCUACAGUUUUUUGAAAAGCAAAUAAUAGGGUACUUUUCUUAAACCUUGCAUUUUUUUUUUCAAAAGCAAAUAAUAGUGUAGUUUACUGAAACCCUCCAUUUUUGUCAAAAGCAGAAAAUAGGCUAGUAUAUCCUUGAUUUAAAAAAGAUUUAUAUCUUUUAUUUAUAGCCUAGAAAAAGUAUUUUAAUACAGUAGAACCGGGUAAUGUCGCCGGCCUUGGGGUUUCCCAAAAAGCGUCAAGAUAAUCGAUCGAGAUAUACGAAAACCAAUAUGGCGGCAAUAUAUUGUAAAGAAACCGAGUGUCACACCUCGUUCCUCUAUCUAUUUUAUGUGGAUGGUUCCCUCGUUCACUCUGUCUCUCGGCAACAAUCAGGUAAUAACACUUGGAUGGUUAGUCUUUGCUCUUUUAUUGAUCUCCUACUUCGCUUAUACUUUCUCUCAUCUCGCACUCAACUCUGACUGUCCUCUACUCCUACCCGUUGGAGCUAUCCCAGACUUUCUGCUUUCCUGUCCGGCUGAGUUCUCCCUAGUCCUGUCCAACGGUCCCUUUUUAUAAGUCACUGGUUUGAUCGUUGCGUCACUAGAGAUUCCCCCACUUGGCUUUAAUCUUUUGCUACAUCUUUGGUACUAAAAUUUCUUUUAACGCCUCCCUUCGUUUAAAUGGACAUUAACUGACCGCUGGACUCGCAUAACGUUCCUAAUAGCCUCGCCAUGAUGUUAUGUGCCAAAGUACAACAAUUGGUCAGUUGGUCAGCCUCCACCAGGUUCGGGCUGAUACUAAAAUUUGUUCCAAUGCCCCCCCCCCGUUUUAAUGGCCAUUAACUAACCCUUGGUCAGUUUCCAUACUGUGAAAUCCCCUUUACCCCUGUACCACCCAGGUCCACUACCCAGGUCUAAACACUCCAUAAUAUUAACACGUGCUUGAAACUUCUUUAUAUAAACGAUAUGCGUUCAUAAAUUAGCUCCACAUGCACAUGUUUUUUGGAGGUUUUUUUUUUUACACAGCAGCGUUACCGCGAUUUGUUUGGUGAAGCGAUCAGCAUGCUAUAAAAAUUUACAUACAUGUUUUCUAAUAAACCAAGGCAAAUGUGGGGUGCCACAUUUUCGGAUUAUUCCGUAUUCGUGAGGCUAAAUAUUAUUCAGCUCCGGAUUCGCGAGUUUUUCUUUUCUUUUGCUCCGGAUUCGCCAUACGGAUUCUGGGUUUUAAAAAAACCCAUUAAACCUGUUAGAACAUGUGAAAGCCUAUUUAGUAUUAAGCGACAAGUGGGUUCGCUAUAAAUAGAACAGGUACUGCGACCCCUCUCUUUUGUUUGCAAGCCUCUCGUUUCUUGCUGUGUCAAGUUAAUUGCGCAGACAACGAUAUUGGUCAUUUUAUUUCAAUUACUACAGUUUAAGUAGGCAUGUUUCUGUUGUAUAUAAUUUUCAAAAGCCGACAAUUUGUCAUAGGGAUUGAGAUAACCGAGGCUAAGUGACAAAUUUGUGCUCGAGAUAUCAGGGUUCUGCGACAUAGAAGAAUUGACAUAACCGAGAAGAAAAUGCUAAGACAAAGAGAGAAUUUGGCGGUUCCACUUCAAAAACGUCGACAUAACAAGAUUGGCGAGUUAACCAAGGUCGAGAUAAGUGGGUUAGACGGUACUUCUAAAUGAGAUCUCAUUUACACUCUAGAAAAGCUCAUUUAGAAUGAUUAGAUAUCAACUUUGUGUUCAAUUAUGAAAAGGGUUAUUUUUAUUCAGAAUGUCAUACUUAUUAUUUGUAUGUGACUUUACGAUUUCUAUGUUAUUUCUCUAGAAAUUGGAAAGAUGCAACAGCAUUAUCUCUGGGCUUACAGCAGGUGGUAAUGAAAGAGAAAUCAAUGAUGCCUUAAAUGCUUAUGUAAGUAUCUGGUGAAAAGCAAUGUAAAAAAAAAUUGAAUAAAGUAGGAAAAUAAGGGAUUUUUUGAAGAUCCUGAUGUACAGACAUAUCUUAGGUAUUAUACUUAGGGUUAAGGCAGCAACAAAUUUAUAGGUCAAUUGCAAAAAUGAAUUUGGAAUGCCUUAGAGAAUGUUCUUAGGUGGACAAAAAAUAGCUUAACCUUAAUGGAAAUAGCUUAGAAAUGAUUAAAUACUAAGAAUAUGGACUCGGUUUUUUUUUUUCAGUAUUAAAAAUUGUGUUCCUAUGUAAAAUCUUUACUGUUUUCAGUUACUUUUUCUUAUCUUAAAUAAGAAAACAGCCUUUUAUUCUACAAUGAACGAAAUAAUAUAGUGAACUGAAUGAUCAACACAAUUGAUGGACUGCAGUAUGGGCCUAAAAGUCAUAACAUUUAUGACCAUUAUGGAAGUCAACACUAACAUCUCUGUUACCUGUUUUUAAAUGAUUGAACUAAGUGACACAAUCUGAUUCAUUAGUGAAAUAAGUAGAAAGGAAAAAUCUCUUAUAAUUUUUUUAACCAUUUGGUGCGAGACAUUUGAUAAAAGAGAUAUUGUAAUUUUUAGGUUGCAAAAAGCAAUCAGCAGCAUGAUGAAGUCCAGAUGGGCCUACUCUAUUCCAUUCUUACUGACACAAAAAUGCAGGUCAAGGUAAAUAGUUUUAUUGUCUUUAAGAUUUAUUUUAAUAUAAUUAUUAACUAUCAAUAUUAUUAAGAGCUGUUAUUGUGAGUAUUAUUAAUAUUUUUUUAAGUUCAAGGAUUUAUUCACUAUGUUCUGAUUAAGGAUGUUAAACGAUGACUGGCAUUCUGGUAAUUGGUAUAGAAAUUGAUUUUUAAAAAGCAAUAAUCAAUCAUUUUUAUGUUUCUCAAAGAUUUAAAAAAAAAAAAUUCCAAACUUUUAAAAAUAAUUGUUUUGUAAAUAAACGACUUUAAAAAGUAAUAAACAAUUAAUAUAACGUGUAAAACUGGUAAAUGCCUUGCUUUUCUAACUGUACCAAACGUUUCCAAAACAACUAGUUGACUGCCACUUGGAAUGAAGUAUGUGGUUGCCUUGUUUUUCCAGGCAGGUAUUCUGCUAGAGGCAUAAAUAUCAAUUAAUAAGUUUGCACAAGUGCAGAUUGCAUUAUCACAAAUUGAUCACUUGUUAUAAAAUAUAUCCAAUCCUGGUACAAAACUUUAUCAAAAUGAGUUGCUUUUACUGUUCUAAAAAUAGAUUUCAACGGUAGCUUUCGUUCUUAUAAAAUAAUAAUAUGUUAAUCAGACCUUUUCACGUGGAACAGUUGUGGAUGCAUUGUAAAAAUCAAUAACCAAUUUGCCAAAUAAACGAUAUUAACAUCCCCAGUUAGGAUUUUUAAAAAAUUUCUCAUGAAUUGCUAAAUAAAUUUUUUUUUAAUAACAUUUCAUUCACUUCAAUGAAUAGUUCAGAAGAUUUUAAAUGCUAAUGUGUUUUUAACAAAAAUUUCAUCUAUGAAGAGUUUCCGGGAAUUGAACUUGGUGGUUAGGGAUGGACUUACUUGUCUUCUGACUAAAGUCAACCAAAUUGUUUAUGAAAAGUGGCUGAAACUUCUUGACUCAACCAAGGCUCAGGUAAUGUAAAUAGUUGUCCCUUGGGAAUCAUUUGGUCUUAUAUAAAAUGAUGUGUGAAAUUUGUUGUUUUAAAAGAUCUGCACCUUUUAUUUAAAAAAAAAAAAUAACAAAAAACUUUGGACAUUGUUACAAAAAUCUUAUACAUCUAAUGUUAUUUAUUCUGAUAACCUCAGAUGCUAUGGCUGUGCAGAGAGCUGGUAAAGAUGAAUGCUCAGGGAGCAGACAGUGUUUGUAUUGGCAUUCUCAGGCAGAUAGUUGGUAAGUUUGAGAGCAGACGGUGUUUGUAUUGGCAUUCUCUGGCAGAUAGUUGGUAAGUUUGGGAGCAGACAGUGUUUGUAUUUGCAUUCUCAGAUAAUUGGUAAGUUUUCAAUGUCAAGCAUUUUUUUUUCAAUUUAAAAUUUCAAUUCUUAAGUACCGAUAUAAAGCUUAAUUAGAACAUUGGUACAUUUACUAUUAAAAAACAAUUGUAUUUAUAUUAUUGGUCGAUUUUUCAGGAGGUGAUAUCUCUCAGAGGAAUAUAUGGUUAGCAGAGAGCAUGUUGGAUCUUUUUCUGGAUAAUAAGUAAGACUCAUUUGCAAGCCCCCGAGUUGCAAACAGUAGAAAUUAUGAACGUUUUCUAUUUAACUAUUUUAGGCUUAAAAUGAAGAAUUCAUUUUGUCUUUAUAAAUAACUUCUUUGUAUGCUAUGCAAAAAUGCAAGUGGAAGUUUUUUUUAGCAAGGAUCAGUUAGAAGUUUGUUUUUUUUUUGCAAUUUUUAAUUUAGACCAUUCCUUGCCAAAAAUGUUUCCUUGAUGGCAACAGCUGUGUACACAUAUUUGAGGAUCAUUGUUGAUCAUGGGGCAUCAAUGCUCACUACCCUUCGACAAAAAGAGGUGGAAAUAUGCAUUCAUCUUUUAAGGACUCAUGUAAGUUAUGCUAAGUCUUUUAAAACUACCUGAACAUUUACACUAAAUCUUUAAACCAAUUAUUUGAUUUAUCAUAAUAACACAGAGGAAUUUAUGAGGGAUUUGCUGUGAAAUCCUUAUAAGAUCACUUAAAAAUAUAUAUAAUUAAUUAUUAAAAUAAAUAACGGCUUUAAACAUUUUUUAUUUCCAGUGGCAAGAUUGCAUGCAGAUAGGCAGAGAUCUUAUUCGAUUGUUGCAAAAUGUGGCUAGAAUUCCAGAGUUUGAUGCAUUAUGGAAGGAUAUUUUAUUAAAUCCAACAGUUUUGUCGCCCACUUUUACAGGUAGAAUUUACUUAAGCUUCUUGAUUAUUUGCUCAUAUAUAAAUAUAAUUUUAAUAAAAAAAAUUAUUGCCAAAUUAUUAACCAUGAGGACCUGAUACUUAUAAGUUUCUCUAAAUAUAAUUAAAUUUUUUUGCUCUUUAGGUGUUGCUCAGCUGCUUCAAAUACGAACAUCAAGAAAAUUUUUGGUCGGAAGACUUACUCCCGAUAUGGAAAAUAAACUAAUAUUUCUUAUAACUAAGGUAUUCAAUUUAUUUAACUGCUUUAAACAAAAUUGUUAGAUAGUCAUAAAUUAAAUUAAUGUUUCUCGUUAAGAAAGAAAAGUUAAAUAAUUCAUCCACUAUCAGCUAUGGAUGCACCAAAUAUGCAACACUUCCGUGAUUGGCUGUCUAAAUAAAAAAUGUGUCUACACUAACAAAAUGUAAAGGAAAUCCGACUCAAUAAAAGAAGUAAGAUGGCAUCAGAUGAUUGUGGGUUCGUCUGGUGUUCUGUAACGACCAGUUUGAAAUCAGUUGUUGUAACUCUAUUGUAAGAUCAAAUAAUUGUGUUUCUAAAUGCGAAAAGUUUAUAUAAUUUUUAUUGAAUUUGGGGCAAAUAGUAAACAGCCUCUGUAUCCUGCUGAUUAAAAGAUAUGUUGGUAGCAGCUUAUGUCAUAUAAUUUUGAAGUCUUCUCUAUUAAAAUUAUGAACUAGAAAGAAUAAACCGUUUCUUACAAUAUGAAGAGGAAUAUUCUCCUGAAUAUAUAUAUGGACAAUGGCAAACUAUAAGGGAUAUUUUUAUAAGGGAUUUGUAUAUAUCGUGAGCCUCUGACUACAAUAUAUUUUAAGUACAACUUUUUUUAUACCUGUUUUUCUAAAUUGCCCCCCUUUUUUUUUUUUUAAAUUUGUACACUAGGAACAACCAUUUGUACCUUAACUCUUUUGCUGCGGAAUUUUUUAUCGAAAAAAAUUUACAUUUUUUUCAAAGAGCGAAAAAGAGUGAGAGGUUGGGUUUAUUAGGAAAUAUUUAAAAUAUAAUUAUUUGGUUUAUAAGACUAAACUUGGUAUCAAAUAAAAUAUAAAUGAAAGGAAUCUAUGUUUGUAAGCUUAUUUCUUCAGUUUAAAUAAAAUAAGUUGCCGAAAAGAACCAUAAAAUGAAAUAAUAAACCAUUUUUCCCCCAAACCCUAUGAUGUAUGAAUACCUCAUCUUCAUUUCUAUAACUAAAAUCCUCUAUAACUACUACUAUCGGAAUCAUGUGAUGGAUCUAAAUAUAAAUCAUCUUCACUAUCAAAAGAAAUAGUAUAAAACAAUUCCAAAGAUUUUUGAGCUGUUAAUCAUCUAGGAAACUUACUCACCUACUAGGACCUAGAGUAGCCAUAGCAACAGUAGAAAAAAAAAGUGAAAGAAAUCAUUAAAAUAAUGCUAUGAUAUGUCUUGCUAUACAUUAUUUGAUGUGCAUUUUUUUCGUACAGGUUCGCUUUGGAACACAGAAGCGUUAUCAAGAUUGGUUUCAAAGACAGGUAUUUUAAAUCAAAGAUUAAAAAGCAAAUAUUAACAUUCAUUCAGUUUUAGAUAAACGCCACAAUAAUUUAAAAAAAGAUUAAAUAAAUAUUUUAUUUUAAAAUUAUUUGUUAGUAAUCAUGUUACAACUGGAUCCAAGUCCCUCAUACCAAAAGAUUAUUACAAUUAUAACAGGUAACAAGAUUUUUAUGUAAAUUGACAUGUUAUAUAAUCUUUUACAGUAUCUGUCUACUCCUGAGAGCCAAUCUCUUCGUUGUGAUCUGAUUAGAUACAUCUGUGCAGUUUUUCAUCCAUCAAAUGAACUUUUAUGUUCAGACAUCAUACCCCGGUGGGCUGUCAUAGGUUGGCUUCUUACCACGUGCACUGUAAGGAAAGAUAAAGCUUCUUUUGAAGUUUUUAAAGGUCUUCCUAAUGCAAAAUAUUAAUUUCCUUUUUUGUAUGUAGUGUUAAACCAAAUUCUCUUUAGAUUAGAUUAUUAUUUUCAAAUAUUUAGGAAAUAUAAGCAUAUCAUUUAAAUUUUUAAAAUUUUAUUGAGCUUUUGCAAGUAGAGUUUGAUAGAUCUUUUUCUUUUUUUUUUAAACCAGUCUAAUGUAGCAGCAUCUGAUGCUAAACUAGCUCUGUUUUAUGACUGGCUUUUCUUUGACCCUGAAAGAGACAGUAUUAUGAAUAUAGGUAAGGAUUAGUUUAAUUUAAUUUUGAUUUAUUUCUCUUCUUUAUUUUAUACAGGAUAAUUUAAUUUUUCUAUACUUAACUAGUGAAUUGGGCGUUAACAUUUCUUUCAUGGAUAAGGAGUAUAAUCCAUAGAAACAUGCCUCUAAUCCAUAAUUUGUGCCAUUCCCAGAAUAACAAGCUAUUUAAUUACUUGUACUAAUGAAUAAAGAAAAUGAGCUGUAUUUCAAAAGACAAUAUUUUUACAAAAAUUUGCCAUGGUCUCAAAAUUUAAUUAGUUAUAUUUUGAUAUCUAAGCUUUUCUAACUGUAAUCGAGCAAUACAAAUUUUCAUGCUUGGAUUUUAUACAAUUGAAAUACUCAAAUCAGAUGGCUGCAUGCAUUCCACAAUUUAUAUCAAAUGGUUUCAAGUUCUUAUGGCUUCUGUAUUUUGAAAGUUUUAAAACGCCAAUUAAAAUAUAAUACAUGUGGCACCAAAAAAAGAUUUAAUUUAUUAUUUUGGCAGAUUUUUAACUUGUACCAUGCGCUUUAAAUUCUAUAGGACUUAACUUAAUUUAGACAUGGGAUACAAUUUAUCAUUGUUCAUUAAUUAUUUUUUUUAAAUGAGUACCGAGUACCAGUUGUGCUAAUUUUUAAAAUCCUUUUUUAAAAAACAAAUUUAGAACCAGCAGUGCUGGUGAUGUUUCAUUCUAUGCGGCCACAUCCAGCCAUCACUGCAACCUUAUUGGAUUUCAUGUGCAGGGUAAGCAAAAUAACAUAUAUUUUUUUAAAUAUUGGCCAACCUAUUCCUCUUUCGGUCAACAGUCAUCCAUGAUUUGCUUUUCUAAAAUCAAUUCAGCACUGAAAUUUAUUGCGGUUUUAUUAAUUUUUUCCUUUUUUUUUGUUGGUUUUUUUGUUACUGCUUGCUAAUACAGUAAUACUAAUCAAAGCAAUUUGACUAAAGAUAUUGUUCUUGUUUUGUAGCUUGGAGGCUGGCAAACCAAUGACUUCUGAAAAAGUGCUAAUGCUAACAAAUCUUUCAUUGUUAUCAACUAUAAAAAUAAAUAAGCCUAAUUUGUGGGAAAUGCUUAGAAAAAUACAACUCAUAUGCUUUUCUGUAACAGCUAUAAACUAUAUUGUAUAAAUGAAGAAAAAGUUAUUAUCAAGCAGUUAUUAUCAUACUCAAUAAAGUCUAAAAAUUGCUAUUUAUCUAUAAUAUUUCUGGAAAAAAAAAGGUUGUUAUUGCUAUCAUAUGGAAAUGAAAAACCUGUGAGAAAACAUUCAGAAAGGUUGAGUUUUUAUAAAGAAAUCUCAUAUAUUGUAUAUUAAUCUUAAUUUUCUUAAAAAGUACUUCUUUAUAUUUCAGAUUAUGAACAACUUCAGUCCAUCCCACAUGUCACAGAUUCGAAAUAGCAUUUUCACAGCUCUACGAACUAUUCUUGAAAAACGUGUAUUACCGUUAGUAAAGUAUUUUUUCAUACAAACAUUAGUGUGACAUAAAAUCAUGAAAUAAGAAAACAUUUGUCAGAACAGCAAAUUCAAUCAUGCUAACAAGUCAGCAAUUUUGAUUUUAUAAGUUAGACUUCUUUGUUAUAGUUUUUUAAAAUAACGAGAUGAUGAUACAAUGAAAGUAUUGUGUCUAAAUUUAUUAUUAUGACAAAUGCUUGUAUAAAAAUAUUAAAUAUUAAUUAAUACAUAAUACUGACAUAAUCCUACUUUAAUUACAGUUCUCUUUCACCAUUGUUUGACAAUCCUAAGUUGGAUAAAGACCUUAGGAAUCUGUUACGAGAGCACUUUACAGAGUUUUGCAGUCAAGAAGGUAGUAAUUGUUGUAAGAAUAUAUCAAGAAUUACAAGAGCACCUAGUGAAAUAAUUAGCUUGUCUGAUAGAGAAGAAAAGGACAGUGAAGAUGAGAAUUGGAAUAGGAAAGGUAUCUUAAACAAUGUUAGGUUGUUAUGUUGUAUUGAGUAUUCCAUUCUUAUUAAAACCUUUAUUCUUGAAAUGAACUGUUAUUAGAAACAAUUUUUAACCAAUAUCCCUACCUCUUAUAGAGACAAAAGUUUAUAUUUAGCUUACAUGGACAAGAUACUUCACGAUUUCAAAGUUUGGCAAAUCCUUGUAGCAUCUUAUUGUGAAAUAGGUUAUAUCAAAAUCAAUAUAUAUAUAUAUAUAUAACAAUUUGUAGUAUUUGCACAGAUUCAUAAUAAAAAUCUGAAAAAUAACAUCCAAUAAUUGUUUCUAAAUUUUACUAAAUUGGUUAAAGUGUUGAACAUUUUUAUUUCAAUUGCCAAUCUGGCCAAUUAAAAAAAACACAAUUUUUUCACAACUAAGAAGUGUUUUUAAGAGGGAAAGGUUUUUGUUGUUUCUGUUUUGGUUUAAUUUAGUGUUGAAAACAUCUUUACUUUUAGAUUUAUGCUACCGCUAAUUUUUUUUUUUUUAGAAAGAAUUUAUUGAGCUUUUUAUUGUUAUUUUAAAAAAUAUUAUAAAUAAUUGAGAUAGUUGGAAGCUUCAAAUGAAACAAGUAUUCUUGGGUUUUAAUGAAUGAGUUUAAUGAAAACAACUUUUUUAGUAACUUUCAUCUAUCAAUUUAAGUGCUUAAGAAAAUCUUGAAUAAUAAAAUGAAAAUGUAAUUGAUGCCAUUUUUCCUAUUAUGUUGGAAAUGUUUUUAUUUUCACUUGAAUUUUUGUCCAACUUGUUAUUCUAGUAAAGGAUGAAUCCCUGCCUAAAGAUGAACUGGACAUGGACACAGGGAACAACCACAUAGGGGAGAACAAUCUUUCUGAUGCUUGCUUCAGUGAUGAUGAGGAAGAUAAUGUUCCCUUAGGUCUGUACUUUUAUUCUGUAAAUUUUUUAAGUUUUAUACAGCGUUAAAAAAAUCAUUAGUAUAUAUACGAUCUUUCUUGUUUCAUAUAUUUCCUUACCAAUAAAUAUGACACUGUUUCAUAUUUCCUUAACUAUACAAAUGCCACUAUUUUUUCCCCACUGUAGGUAAAUUGAAGGAUGAAGUUGGUUUCCGUCCCAUUAAAGAGUCAGCAGCCUAUGUUCCAGUUGAUAUUACUGAACACUUAAACCAGCUGAGUGGCCAGAUUCAUGAUCUUACUGUAGAAUUGCAGGGGGAAAGGUGAGACUAGGAAAAUUUUGAAAUAAAUAGUUAUAUGAAAAGAAUACAUAGCCUUUUUAGGUUAAAAAUAACUCAUUAUAUUAAUGAUAUAAAUUUUGAUAAUGUUAAAUUCUGAUUCAGCGUUUUAGGUGAGAAUAAUAAUUCUGAAUAAAAGUUUAUUUCCCCUUUAAUUAGGAACCAAGAAAUGCAAUGUGAUUUGACUGAUAAAUUGAUGCAAGUUGUAAUUCAAGAGGUAUAUUAUUUUCGAUUUUGUAAAUAUAAAUAAUUGAUUAUUCAAAAGUAGAGGUUACCUGGAGAUUUAAUAAAUUUUAAAAUGUUAAUUUCUCUCUAUGAGUUCAUGUUUUAAAUUAUGUAAAAUGCAAUCUAAAAAUAAAAUCAAUUAUACCAUAGAGGGCUUAAUUAUUAAUAGACAAAUUAAUUACGCCGCAUGAAGCUUCAGCUUAGUAGUUAUUUUAUUAUUAAGAAGUAAUAAAUCAGUGUACCUGCUGAAAUGCUGUGCCUUUAUUUUGGGUUGGUUGGGUGGGCAGGGCUAAAAGAGGGUUUUGGUCAACAAAUCUCUAACACAAGGGAUAAACCAUCCAAACCUUGCUACAAAUCACUGCCAAAUGUAAAUUCACAUCUUAUGUGAUUUAGUCUGGAGGAAUUAAUUAGUGUAAGACUAGUUAGAUGUAGAUAAUUGACUGAGUUGUGAUAACAAGUUUCAUCUCAAUAGGAGGACUUUGAUCAAGACCAAGCAUCAACGUUGGCCAUUUGUUUGUGUCAGAUACUCAGUUCUCAGUUCCAAAACAAAUUAUUUCCACAAGAAAUAGAUGAAGAGUGAGUAGUUCUAACUUUAUUAGAAUAAGGCAAUUAUGAUAUUUCAAUAAUUCCCUUACUUUAUGAAAUGUAAUAUUUCAACCUAUAAUACAUUUGUUCUUGGUAUAUGAGAUCCAAAUACGUACCUAAUCUUUUAUUAUCAACUGCAGUUAUGAUUUAUAUCUUUAACAGUGUAUAUUAUUUGUUUUGGAGCCUGUGAUGUAUGUAACUGCAUGAAUAAAAGAGCCAUUUUAGGUUUAGAAUUUUCAUUUUAGAUUUAGAAUUUUCAUUUUAGAUUUAGAAUCUUAAUGAAUGUAUUAAAGAUUAGAUAUUAUAUAACAUUUUUUAAAUGGCAGGUCCAUAGAAGACUCAAUCGGCACGCCUUUAUUUGUAAUAUUCAGGUAAGACUAUUUAACCUUUAGCAACAUUCAUUUUAUUUAACAGGGGAAUUUAAUUAAGAUAAAUCUUUUGAGCCCUUUUAACCUUAUGAAUGUAAGCUUUUUUUGUUAAAGCUGUUAGUGUUUUCUUUGAACAGAUUUUUGAGUCAAAUGUCGGAGGAAGAUCCACGAAGACAGCCUGUGUUACAACUUUUAGGGGAAAUGUACUUGAAACAGCCUCGGCUUGGAUACUUGCUGCUUUACUUUCUAAAAGUCAGGUAACUAAUAAUGAGAUAAAAAUAUAUGUUAUUGUUCUGUCAUGGUUUAUUUAUUUUAUCUUGCGGAUUGAUGGUAUCAGUUAGAAAUAAGUUUUGUGCACCCCUUGAUAAAUAAAUGUUCAGUGUAAAUAUAUUUCUUGAAAUGCAAACUCAUUUUUGGAUACCGUUUUGUUUCAGUAAAGGCAGUGAUGAAAAAAUGGCAACCUACAAAGAUUUUUGUCAAAAUCUGGACACUAAAGAUUUGAAAUCUUGCUUAGUAAAUGAUCUAAAGGUAAAAGCUUAUUUGACACUUUUAUUUAAAGCAACUGACCUUGUGGCACUUUUUUGUAUAUAAUACUUGAAUAUUGUGGUUGGGCGGAUAAAGAUCUGUUUGAAAAUUUAUAUAGUUUGCAGUAUUGACUUAAUCUGCUUAAAUUGUUUGCUCUAAUAAAGUACAUUUUUUUAUCCUCAGCUGUGUCAGACGGAUGAUGUAAGAUUGUUUACAUAUCUUAUUCCAGACAUAUAUACACAUGUAAGUCUAAAUACAAAUCUUAUUCCAGACAUAUAUACGCAUGUAAGUUUAAAUGCAUAUCUUAUUUCAAACAUGUGUUUCAAUGUUUAUUUUCCUGACGUCAGUGAAUGUUGUUUUAUCACAUGAUGCGUUUAUCAAAUGCAUCUUCUCAUUGUUAGUCUUGUAACUGUAAGUCUAGUGAAAACAACUUAAGCUGAAACAAUGGAUUUAUUUAUGUCCAAAUUUAAAUAUUUUAUGGACUGAUUAGAGAUGCCACAUUAAGUUUUAUCAUUUCUUUUAGUUUAGGGAAUAUCGUCAGUAUAGUCUGAUAUUUAAAAAAGUACACACCCUUUAAAUGAAACAAUCUUUUAAACAGUGAGUAUCAGGCUUCUCAUUUGAAACAGAUGUACAUAUUCCUUCUCCUAUAAUAUAUUGAAUACUCCUGAUAUGAGACUCUACAUUAUUUCAUUGCAGUUUCCAAACAUUGCUGUUGGCAAUGCAACCAUUUUAAAUUUGAUUGUUUCAAGCAUAGAUGGUUCACAGGUUGGUGAAUUAUUACUGUGUGUUUCUUUUUAUUUAAAUCUCAUAGCAUUUGGUAAACUUUUAACAUGUAUAUUUGAAUUUAAUUACUCAUUAUUUUUCAGCUCCAGGAUUUGAUUUGUCAAAUUUUACAAGGUCAUUUGUUGAUGUUCAAAAACAGAGAAACAUUUUUAUCAAUUCUCAGUAAGUAAAAAUAUUUCACAUUAAAACUUAUCUAAAUAAAACCCCCAUCUUUGAAGUACAAGAGAUUUAAUGGGCAUAAAACUAGAAAAAUCUGAUUUAUUUGCCAGCAUUAGACUUAGACUUAGUGUACCAGUAUUUAGUGUACUGUACAAUAUUUAAUGAUAAGUCAGAUUUAGGGACAUAAUUCAUGUUAUAUAUAAGACAAAUAGUAAAUGCUUUAGCAUUUUAUCGUAAGACCAAAUUUAAAUGUUUUGAUGAGGAUGGCUAAGAAAAGCCAGAUAAUUGUUUGGACCAUGUUGCAGAUGCCAGUCUAGACUGGGAAACAAUAGAACAGUACUUUUUAUGGCAGCUUGUGAUGGCACACAACAUCCCAGUGGAACACAUUCUGCCCAUUCUACCAAAACUAGAAUACACAGGUAAGUUUUUACUUGAAAUCCUGUACAAUGAUAUCAUAUGUAAUCCUGUACAAUGAUAGCACAUAUAAUCCUGUGCAAUGAUAGCACAUAUCUAUUAAUCAAAAUGUUGUUACUCUGUUCAUUUAAAAUAAAAGCUGACAUUUGUGCCUCAUUUUAUGACUGUGGUAUAAAUCACUGAUCCCCAAAUGGUAGUCUGCGGAUCAACGCAUGAGCAUAUAAGACGAACAACAUGAAUAGAAUGAAUAUUCAUUCUCCUUUGUGUGCAGCCCUUUCUACAACUGAGCCAUGAAUUGAUCAGCCUAUCAAUAAAAAGCAGCAUGGCACAUUGCUCAUUAAAGAGUACCUGUUAUCUAAAUGUUUUUUUCCCCCUCUAUUUGCCUUAUAUUCCCAAAUAAAAUUAAGUUAUAAAUAUGUCUGAAAACCGCUAUUGAAGUUUUUGUUUUAAAACAGCUGGCUUUUAAUGAUUAGUUGAGUCCUAUCAAAUGGCUUAUUAUGGAGUAAAUAUAUUUAAAGACAUUUAAGGUCAGAUAAAAGUAACAAUAAUUAAUAAAUCUGGUACUAGGCCCCAGGUGCAAUGGGAAACAUUUUCACCUCUCCGUCAACUAAAGUUCGGGAAAUGCUGAUUUAGAUAACAGAACAAGAUUUUUAAAAAAAAUUCUUACAGCAUGUUUCAAAGAUUACUUUUUAUGUGACGCCUAUUUUCUGUCAACAGCCAAUGCUGAAGCACUAACAAGUCUUAUGGUACUUUUGAAGCAAGUCAGGUAAUUAUUUAUGAAGCACCCAAGAAAUAUUGGUGUACAGUCAUCCUGACCUGGGAAGACUUUUCUAAGAAAUUCAAAGCUUAAAUGGAUGAUUAUUUGUUUAUAUGGAGCCUUAAUGUGGCCCAGUGCCUUUGUACUGUCACUGGAUUUUCCCUUUCUAAAAGUCUCUGUCCUUGAUCCACCUCAGAGAAAAUGUCAACAUUUGACUGCCACACAGUUUGCCUCACAUAGUUUGCCUCACACAGUUUGCCUCACAUAGUUUGCCAUUCAAGAUUUAUUUAAUCAUGAAUGAAGAAAAAGCCUAACAAAGAUUUGUGUUCUGAUCGCCACUAUUAGUCAAGUUUAAAGAUCGUUUGUUAAAAUGUGAUUAUUGAGGGUUGAAGUGAGACUUUUGGCGAUAACUUUCUGAAAAAUACAUCUUCGUCAGGUUGUUAAUAACAGUUAUGAUAACAGUUGUUUUAUAGUUUUUAUAUCUCAAAUACUUUGAAAUUUUAGUCCUAGCUGGGAUAUCUUACGGCCAGUCUUGUCAAGGGAGUGCAAGAAAACUGACUACUUCACUGUAUCAAUACUAAAAUACUGGGCCCAAGAACAUGAAGACAGAUUAGCCGAGCUGAUUAACCUCCAGCUGACUAAGCUCAAUGGAACGCCAAAGAAAAGACAAAGGUUACUGGCUUUUCAAUUUGCACAAAUCAGAUAAUAACACAAAAAAAAGAAUUCACAUUUUAUAGCUUUGAUAAAUGCUGGAAAAACUUGGAAACGCCAAUAAAAAAUAAACGUUUUGUCCUUUAGGGCCGGAGGCACAAAAAAGGAUCAUCCAACUGUAGACCAAAUCCUUGCACACCUAGAUCACAUGCGGCAGGUCUGCAGAAACAUAUCAUGUGAGUUAAGUGUUGUUCUUACUCUUCAAAUGCACUUUUCUCCUUUGUUCUAUUACUUUGCUCAUUUAUGUUACAUUACUUUGCUCAUUUAUGUUACCGUACAUUACUUUGCUCCUUUAUAAUUUAUAUAACUUUGCUCAUUAAUGUUAAAUUACUUUGCUCAUUUAUGUUACAUUUACAAUGUUUUUGUUCCUUAUCCCUUGCAGUUUUGAACCAUGAAAAUGUUCAGCAUGCCCUUCAGCAAGUUCAGAUAACAGCAAGUGAAGCUCAGAAAACCAAGUAAGACAGAGAAAGGCACCAUUUGAUUUUAUUUGUAUAAACCUGCCCAUUAGUUAGUCGGCAUGAUGUAAGACUUUUACUAAUGAUGUUUGUAAAAUAUUGUUUUUAAAGGGCUGUUGGGUUUUUAAAUAUAAUAAAAUUUGAAUAAAAAUAAUGUUAAGUCCUUUAUGCUGCCACUAAAGUGUUGCUUGGUAAUCUAAUAGUUUUGAAAUAUAAUCAUGUGAAGCAAAAACAUGAUAUAAAAUUGUCAAUUAACCCAAACAGUUUAAAUUUGAUGUAAGAUUUCAAAUAUUUUUCUUCUACAGAUAUAGUGAUCUACUUGCAUUAGCUGAGGAUAUUGAUGAGUUGAAGACAGUUCGUGUUUUGAGGGGGAGAAAAGCAUCAAAUGCCAGUGGCUUGAGUCCGAAAUAUUCAAAAAGCAAAAAAUCAGCGGAGAGUGACAGUGGAAGUGACACUUCAGAUGUAAGCUUUGAAUUCAUUUUAGUUCAGUUUCAUUUUUAGAAAAGGGCUCUUUCUUAAUACAAAUGAUGAGUCAAGUGCAAAAUAUACUUUAUAAAAACAACUGUGUUGACAGAUGAUUUUAAAUUUGAAAGAAUUAAUAUUGUGAUAUAAUUUAAUUUUUUUCAGGAUGAAAUCAAACCCCAGACGAAAAAAAGGAAAAAACUUGUCACUAGUGUGGAUGAUGAAAGUGACUAAUCAGCCCUGAUUCAGGAAUGUACAAACUUCAUCACAAUAUAUUGCCCCCCUUUAUCAUCCAAAUAUGCCUCAUGCUGUACAAGUUUUCAUCAUUUUCAUGUACAUUGCCAUAAAACUUAUUCAUAGACCAUAGAUCUUAAAAAUUAAUGUUUUUACUCUAUUUUUAGCCUUUGUUAAGGUGGAUAUGUUUUCAUAAUAUGUAUGGUUCAACAAAAUGUGAUGACAAAUGCCUGUUACAAUAUGUCAUUUUUUUUGGAAUACCAAAUAAUGUCAUUACAAAUGUGUAAUAAAGUAAUUUUGAAAAUAA